UAGAGGCUGCAGAGUGAUGGAGCGCAGUCAGUACCAGCCCAAGAUACGCAACCAGUGCCCGUCCCCAUCAGCUUUCACAGUUGUGUUCCAAUACAUGAAGAAAAUUAAAUCCACAAUGGCUGCGGUGGCACAACUGGCGACAAUGGAGCAAAUAACCGGGAAAAAAAGACACAGCACUGACGAUGGCCAGAAGAAAAAGAAGGGCAUCAUAAAGGGCAUUGUCAAGGCCUUGUCACCCAAUAAAUACAUAGGACAUCAUAAAGAACCAGGAGAGAUAAAGAAGGAGCCAACAGCUGAAGACAUAGAAGAACAAAUUGAGAAAAAACAGUUGCUGGAGGCCAGCAACAACUUAAUCGAUCUAGAGCGGAAGAUUCUUAAGGAUCCUCUUCUUCAUGACAAAACCGAGGAACUUAAAGCUCUUUAUGAAAAGUUAGAAAAAGCUGUAUUUCGAGUGAUACAAGACUCCAUCACUGAAACAAACGGAGAUUUGCUAUCUCAAGCUGUAAAUGCCAUUGUGGCCCAAGAGACAGAAGAUGCUCAAGAUGGUCCAGACCAUGAGAUCAACAAUAGCUUACGACCAACGCAAUGGAAAAGAAAAUGGAAGGAGUACAUCAGGUUGUCCGUGUUUGACCGAAUCGGCAACCUGUCCGAAGCUUCAGCCAAAGACUCUUCUUCUUCACUGUCUCAAAGUUUUCUUACUGUGGGAAAAACCUUCAAACAAGACUUAGUCCACGUGAUCACCCAUCUCAAGGAGCAUUACCCCAAGGACUUUGAUGUUUGCAACACUUAUGCCCUAUAUUAUCAUAGGUUCCUGGCAUCAAAAAUAGAUUUAGUAACAGAUUUUCAACUGGGAGACGAAGAUACUUAUUACCUCUUGUGCUUUGUUCAUAAUUAUUAUCCCAUCAUGAUCUUGAAGGACCCGAUAGUGGCUAAACAUAUCGACGAUUCGGAUCUGCACAAUCUUGUCCCGUCUGAUAUUCUAAUGCAACUUGAAGGCAGUUAUUUUACUAACGAAAUAGAAUCUGUGAAGACAUAUUUAAACAGAUGUUUGGACAUGGCGGUGGAUCGUUGGAAGAGCGGGAAAGAACCAGAGAUACUGGGAAAUCGUCAUCAUUCUGAGUUACACAUUGAUAUCGUCCAGAUUUACAAUGGAGCAAUCAAGAGAGCCAAAGAGAUAAAAAAGGAGAUUGCUGAAAACAUAUCUUGCUUACUUCCUUACGAGAUGAAGGAGAUUUUCAAAAGAUACAAGACCAGUCUGGAGGAAUUCUUGGAGAAAAACAAGACGCAUUCCUUCUUCAGAGAGAUCGGUAUCGCCAACCUCAACUGCUGCUUCCACUUCAGGGAAUUUAUCGAAAGAAAAGACACAAAGUUUGACCUGGGGACGCAGCAGCAGAUGCUGUCCACCAUCGUCCAGUGUGAGGACCUGAUAUACGCCGCUUUGCUUCAGGAGCUUUUUCUGGAGCUGAAGGCACAUUUCAAAAAAAUGUCUCAAAGCAGCUCCCUGUGCAGCCACCAGGCCAUGCAAGACAUUGUAAAGAUAGCUGAAAGAUACUUGUCCCGCUUCAGCACGCUGUGUCCCCUGUGCUACAAGGACAUGGUGGCCAGGAUCCAUAAGCAUCUGGUGAAAGAAUAUCUUAUAAGAAUCCUAAAGAGAAAAGUCAGUCAUAAGAACGCGCUGCAGCUGCAGACAUUGGCCGCUCAGAUCAAGGAGAAUGCCAGCCUCAUCAGUGAAUUCUGUGCCGCUCAUAAAUCAGAGGAGGAAUGGUUAAAACCAGUGAUACCCAAAGUGGCAGAAAUUAUACGUCUCCAGGACUUGAGCGCCAUUCAGCUCGAAGUAGCCACGCUGGUUGGAGACUAUCCGGAUAUUCGGAACAAGCAAAUCGAAGCCAUUCUUUACAUCAAGGGGAACCUUUCCAGACAAGACAUCAAGUCCAUUCUGAAGGUGGCUGAUACCAUUGAGCGAGACACUAAUAGUAAACCCAAACUUUUUGAAUUGCUAAAUUCUUGAAAUGAGCGAGAACAAACCUGUGAGGAAUCUAAACAGGGGACAUUUUAACAUUUUACCAGGAGGUAUCCAGUUUACAUGAGUUGGGGGCAGAGGAGCCCCCCGUUGUUCGCUUUUUGUGGUCAGAAUUUCCGAGUCUGGUACUGUCCAUCAGUCAGGUCUCUAGAUUUCAUUGCACCUUCAUUGGCCUCCUCCUGGAGGGUCCUGUACUCCAUGAACUGUAGCUGUACGGGUCACUGCAUUCUUUCUAUGGUCCCUACAAGGGACUUGCACUGAAUGGGAAGUUUUUUAUUUUGUGUUUUUUCAUGGACUGCAAUUGUCAUUUUUGAUA